UGCGCAGCUCCGGAAGUGGUCCUGUGAGCGGCGUGCCUGCAAGUUGAGUCUUCCGGCGUGGCAGAGUUCGGCAACAGCAGCGAAGGAGCCCGAGAAGCAAACAACUAUGGCGAAAAGCUUGAGAAGCAAAUGGAAGCGGAAGAUGCGAGCAGAGAAGAGAAAGAAAAAUGUCCCCAAGGAACUUGCCAGGUUGCAGAGCAUCCUGAAAACAGACACAGAUGCUGUAAUGGAUGAAGUGAAAGAUAUUGUAACUGUUGUUCCUGCAGAGAAAGUCACAGAGAAAAAGGAUUCAGAAGGUGAAAGUAAGAUGGACAUGGAUAAGCAGAGAAGUUCAAAGACUCUUCUAGAUGAACAUGGGCAAUAUCCAAUAUGGAUGAAUCCAAGACAGAGGAAGAGACUUAAGGCAAAGCGUUGCAAAGGAAAAAAUAAGAACAAACCACCAAAGGGACUAGCAUGGUAGAAAUUUAAAGGUUUUAUUUUAAGAAGUGGGGGGAUAUUGGCUAUUUUAAAAAGACUUAACCAGUGUAAUUUAACCAGGGGAAGUGUUUUACUAUAUUGCCUUAAAACUGUCUUUUUGGGAAUGUAUUUCGUUUAAUAAAGUUCCUUGUAAUAUACAUUGUACAUGGACAAAAUGGAACCCCAGUCAAAUUGUAAACACAGAACUAAAUUCACUACCAAGAAAUCAGUGGAACUAAAGUCUUUGUAACUUGUAACUGCCAUUCGUUAAAUAAUAUUUAGUUCAUAGAAGACAUACUCCAAUCAACAUUAAUGAAGUAAAUACUUCCAAAAACAAUAGAACUCAAGCCCCCAGACAAAAAUUUUAAGUUCCAUUGAUUUCAAUUCCUAUAUAAAUCUUCCUGUUAAGCUGUUACAGAAAAGACUUGUGACACAGAGAUCCAAACAAAUUAAAGUGUAUUUUGUGAAUUGACUGCAGUCUGUGACAGUGCAUGUGCUAUAAUAAAUUUAUAAGUCUUUAAUAUUCA